UUUUGCAAACUCAUCUUACGGAUUCAGGUGGAAACUCCUUGAUUUACCUGUUUUCAGUUGUGAUGGGUGUUUCCUGUUUCACCUGAUCCCAUCCUUCACAAUUUAUAGCUUGCAUCACUGAUAUUCUGCGGGCAGUGACUGCAGAGAAGCAAAGAUCAGAAGCCUUCUCCUUGGAAAGUAGUAAAGCAAAACUUUAUCCACGAUGUCUGGCAUUAUGAAAUUUUUCGGAAAAGAUGAUGACAAAGAUAAGGACAAGGAUAAGGACAGUCACAAGAAAGAAGACAAAGACAGAAAAGAUAAGGACAGUCACAAAGAAGACGAUAAAGACAGAAAGGAUAGAAAGGAAAAGAAGAAGAAGAAGGAGAAAAAGGAUGGAGAUAAGUGCGGCAGCAGUUCCAGCUCUGACAGUGAUUCUGAUGGAGACAAAAAGAAGAAAGGCAAAGACUGAAGUCCUGGAAAGUCUGUGACCGGUGCUGCUGACCCCCUUAGGAGAACAAAACUUUGUUACUUAAUGACUUUUUCGCUUUAUUUUGUAUGUAUAUGUUUUAUAUCAUACUGUGUUAUUGGUCACUAUGAAUUUCUAAUAAAGUUAGAAAUGAGU